AUGAGCCAUUAGUCAAAGUUGCGGUCAUUAGGAAUGAUCUCCACGCCAACUCGCACCACGGCCACGGUCAGCCCUCUCACCCCGCUAGCCAAUGGCAGUGUGGCUGCUCAGUCUGCUCACUCUGGAUUCGCUGCCGCCCUCCGUCAAUUGGCCAAACAGGCUGAAGAUCCCAGAGGUUCUUCUCCCAGUAGUGAGUCUUCAGUCUCCUCUCCAGCCACCUGUCUCAGUAAUUUAGUCACCACUCCUAAGAGGGGGUUGUCAGGGCCACUCCAGACCUCAAGUGGGGUAGACAGCCUUCCCUCCACCCCUCCUGUAGUCACCAUCGCCCCAAUUCACAGCAAGACCAGCAACAUUCUCUGGAUAGGAGAAGGGCACCAGGCUGAGUCAGGUGUUUGUGGAGUGAGUAGGGAGAGUGUUGGGUCUGAGCUCAGCCCUACCCAGGAGAAAGGAGGUUAUCCUGUCCCCUCUCCUCACGUCUUGGCUCACCCCUCUUACCCCUUCAGCCUCACCCCCAGCUCUGUCAUGCAGGACCGGCGACUACAGGGCCUUAGUCUACCCGGUCAGGUACACCCUGCGGUUUCCUCGGGGACGGUCCCAGAGGAGUACCUGAGAGGACUCCGCCCCUUUGCUACCUCAGACGACCUCCGCCUACCCUCGCUGCACCUGGGGCUCGACCCCGUCACUGCUGCCCAUGUUACUGCUGCUGCUGCCUACUACCACCCUGCCUACCUCCACCACCUACACAGGAUGGAGGAGUCUCUGUGCCUGUCUGCACUGCGCUCUCAGUUCUACUCUGUACCAGCAGGCGGAGCCUUCUCUACCCUCCACCCCUCUGCCCUCCACAUGCACGUGCCUGGGGCACGCUACCCUGGGGAGCUCAGCCACACACACAGCGCAAUAGCUGAGAGACUACAGAUGGAGGAAGACAUUCGCCAACGAGAGAAACAGAGGGAGAGGGAGCUUGAGCUGGAACGGGAGAGAGAGAGGGAGCGGGACAGAGAGAGAGAAAGGGAGCGAGAAAGGAAGAGGGAGAGAGAGAGGCAGAGGGAGAGAGAGAGGCAGAGGGAGAUGGUGAAAGCGGUGGGGAUCCAGUACCUUGCUGGACUGAAGGCUCUCACGGCUCCGCCGGAGACCAGGGUCUUACCUGGGGAGAGACUGACACCCAAAAGACUGGGUAAGCCCCCCCUCCCUGCCCUCCCAGUCCCUAAACCUCUACAGCCAGACCUCCAGUCCUCCAGGGGGUCAGCCUCCCACCCCAUUCCCACCCUGGUGCCCUCUCAGAUGGGGAAUGCACACACUGCCUCAGCCUCUAUCGGGGGGCUCCAUGGAACACUGGCCUCUGCAAUGAAGCUCCAACAGGCCAAUGGGGAGAAUCUCUGGUUGUCAAAUCAGCGCCGGCAGGGGCAGGAGAGUGAGGCGUGGUCACCUGGGGAAGGGGUGGAGCCUAGGAGACACAGCUACAGGUCCAACGCCAGCCAGCGUGACCCAGGCAACAGAGAGUCUCAACCCCACCUAGGAGCCCCACCUCCACUCAUCUCCCCCAAAGCUCCCCCUCCCCUCCUCCCCCACCCCCCUGUCCCUCCCACCACCCUCUGGAACCCUGCCUCUCUCACAGAGACUCCCACAGACCCUCGUCGCAGGUUUGACUCCCCUAUUCCCCCCUCCCGCCCUCCUCCUGGUCUGACCAGAGCUGAGUGGCCCCCCAGUUGGGAGCGGGGGGAGGAGGGAUGCAGGAGGACGGGGGAGGGUCCAGAGAGGUUCUCCUUCAUCAGGGGACCCGUUCUGCAGGUUUCUGGCCUCUGGAGCAUGGCUGAGAUUGAAAGAUCCACUCACAGUAACCACCACCAUAACCACCUCCACCAGCACGGCUCACUGCUCCUGUCCUCCCCCAGCCCCAGCUCUGACCUGGGGGUCCAGCGCCCGUCCAGCUCCCCCUCUCCCUCCAGGGACCUCCAGAAGUCUGAGCGGCCAGGCCAGGAGCCUCAAAACCCAGUGGUGUACGAUAAGAUCCUUCAGCAGCAGCACAGGCUGGUCAGCAAGCUGGAUCUGGAGGAGAGCAGGAGGAGAGAGGCCAGGGAGGGAGGGUAUUACUAUGAUCUAGAUGACUCGUAUGAUGAGAGUGAUGAGGAGGAAGUGAGGGCCCACCUCAGAAGGGUUGCAGAGCAGCCCCCCCUAAAACUAGACACAUCCUCAGAGAAGGUGUGUUUUCUGCGUGUGUGUGGCUUGACCACGCUGGCCCAUCGGGACCAGCUGUUUCAUCAGAAGAGGAGGAAGAGGAGGAGGAUGCUGAGAGAGCGCAGCAACUCCCCUCCUCCUGUACAAGGCAAGAGGAAGACCCCUUGUUCUACUGUGGCACCCGUCCCCCCCCUCAGCACCACUCUCACCCCUGAAGAGAUGAACUGCUUCCCCCAACUGGAGGACAAGAAACACUUCCUCAACAUGCUUAGCCUGUCCCAUGUCACGAGCCAGCAGAGGAGAGAUAAGGAAAAGAUGGAGGGGUUGCUGAAGGCUAUAAAGCUAAAGAGUGUGACAUUGGACACCAUCAGAUACAACCCAUUACCCCUCUGUAGCAGCACUCCUGUUCUCUCAACUGGAGACUACACACCUGACCUCCCAGCCUGCAAGUCAAACGGACUACACUACCCAGACUCCCCAAGCCCCUUGCCCCCCUACCCCCACCAUCCCGACAAACUUCACACAGACCCACUAAACCCCCAACCCCUUCCACUCUGCCACCCCCCUCCCCUGGGCCUCCACCCCGACAGGGCAGGACUGUGCGAACGUCACCCAUCUAAGAGGCUCCAAGGUCUCCAGAUCGGAGCGGGCCACCUUGGCCAUCCUCCCCAACUGAAGGUGCCCCUGGCUGGGCAGAAUGGGCAGAACAAGCCCUGGGAAAGAUUCAUCCGGGAGGACUUCGCCCAACACUUCCACCAGGCUGUGUUGCAGUCUACCCACAAGACACUGGGUAGCUCCAUAUGCGUUCCAGAGUCCAGUAUAAAGUCUGAGCCCUCAGCGCCCUACAACAUCCCCCCUCUGAAGAGACCAGACCCCCUCCACACACCUCCACACCCCACCAAUGGGCAUCAUCCCUACCCUUCUCCACCCCACCAUGACCCUGAUGGCGUACGGGUUGAUCGCUCAGAGGAAGAUGAGGAAGAGGAGGACGAAGAGGAGGACGAAGAAACCCCUAGGAAGUGGAAGGGCAUAGAGUCAGUCUUUGAGGCGUAUCAGGAGUAUGUGGAUGAGCGGGGUAUGGAGAGACAGGUUCUCCACAGUCAGUGCAGGAGGCUGGAGACUCAGAACAACACUCUCCGUCUGACAGCUGAACAACUCUCACACAGCAUGGCGGAGCUGCUGAGUCAGAGACAGAGGGUGAGAGAUGAGAGAGAGCGACUGCAGGCUCAGCUAGAGCACUUCAGGAAGUGUCUGACCCUUCCCAACGUGCACUGGGGCAAGGGGCAGCUCAAAGGUCGCCUCCCCCGGUGACUCCCUACCCUGCUCCUGACAGAUUGACAGAGACAGACAGACAGACUGACUGACCUCUGGAGAGAGGAAACUGGAUUGGUUCCCAGUCAGAGGCAGAGAUGGAAGAGAGCUCUGGACUGGGAAGGAAGACAGGAUGGUAGAAAGGGAGGAGUGCCACACUCCUAGACUCUGUAGUGUGGUCAGACUCACCAUUGGUGAAAGACUAGAAGUCUAAAAGCUGGAGUUCGUAGCUACACAAGAGUAUGGCAUAAUAUUGGCACCCACUUUAACCAAUUCUAGAAUUUGGGACAAUAAAAUGACGAGUAUAUCCUCCUUUUUUCCCUCCUUGAUUUUGAAGGGUUUGGAAGCAACCAAUAGCAAGCUCAAAAGGGAAUGCACAACCAAUAGCAAGCCAACCAGCCACUGAACUGGAAGGACGAAUCAGCCAAGAUGCACUUAAAGACCUAGAAGAUCUACUAGGGAUCAUACUAGUGACAUUGCUGUUAGAACUAUCUAGAACAGUAAACACUGUGCUAUAGAGAUAUUACUAUUCUGGAUUUUUUUUUCACUUGGGUUCAUGGACUUACAAAAACAUAGUUGUAGAAUAUUUAAGACAGUGUUUCUAUAAGAAAAUAACUUGAGGUUGUGAAAAUGUUUAUAUAUAUAUAUAUACACACACUACCAGUAAAAAGUUUUAGAACACCUACUCAUUCAAUGUUUUUUCUUUAUUUUUACUAUUUUCUACAUUGUAGAAUAAUAGUGAAGUUUUCAUCAAAACUAUGAAAUAACACAUAUGGAAUCAUGUAGUAACCAAAAAAGUGUUAAACAAAUCAAAAUAUAUUUUAUAUUUGAGAUACUUCAAAUAGCCACCCUUUGCCUUGAUGACAGCUUUGCACACUCUUGGCAUUCUGUCAACCAGCUUCACCUGGAAUGCUUUUCCAACAGUCUUGAAGGAGUUCCCAUAUAUGCUGAGCACUUGUUGGCUGCUUUUUCUUCACUCUGCGUUCCGACUCAUCCUAAACCAUCUCCAUUUGGUUGAGGUCAGGGGAUUGUGGAGGCCAGGUCAUCUGAUGCAUCACUUCCUGAUAAAAUAGCAGUAACACAGCCUGGAGGUGUGUUUUGGGUCAUUGUCCUGUUGGAGAAAAAAAAUGAUAGUCCCACUAAGCCCAAACCAGAUGGGAUGGCAUAUCGCUGCAGAAUGCUGUGGUAGCCAUGCUGGUUAAGUGUGUAUUGAAUUCUAAAUAAAUCACAGACAGUGUCACCAGCAAAGCACCCCCACACCAUACCACCUCCUCCUCCAUGCAUUACAGUGGGAAAUACACAUGCAGAGAUCAUUCGUUCACCCACACUGCAUCUCACAAAGACACGGCGGUUGGAACCAAAAAUCUCCAAUUUGGACUCAGACCAAAGGAAAGAUUUCCACCGGUCUAAUGUCCAUUGCUCGUGCUUCUUGGCCCAAGAAAGUCUCUUCUUCUUAUUGUUGUCCUUUAGUAAUGGUUUCUUUGCUGCAAUUUGACCAUGAAGGCCUGAUUCACACAGUCUCCCCUGAACAGUUGAUGUUGAGAUGUGUCUGUUACUUGAACUCUGUGAAGCAUUUAUUUGGGCUGCAAUUUCUGAGGCUGGUAACUCUGCAGCAGAGAUAACUCUGGGUCUUCCAUUCCUGUGGCGGUCCUCAUGAGAGCCACUUUCAUCAUAGCGCUUGAUGGUUUUUGCAACUGACUUGAAGAAACUUUCAAAGUUAUUGAAAUGUUCUGUAUUGACUGACCUUCAUGUCUUAAAGUAAUGAUAGACUGUCGAUUCUCUUUGCUUAUUUGAACUGUUCUUGCCAUAAUAUGGACUUCGCCUUUUACCCGCAAAACACCAGUCUCAACGUCAACAGUGAAGAGGCGACUCCGGGAUGCUGGCCUUCUAGGCAGAGUUCUAGGCAGAAUUCCUCUGUCCAGUGUCUGUUAUUUUGCCCAUCUUAAUCUUUAUUGGCCAGUCUGAGAUGCGGCUUUUUCUUUGCAACUCUGCCUAGAAGGCCAGCAUGUUGGAGUCUCCUCUUCACUGUUAACACAGACUGGUACUAUUUAAUGAAGCUGCCAGUUGAGGACUUGUGAGGCGUCUGUUUCUCAAACUAGACACUCUAAUUUACUUGUCCUCUUGCUCAGUUGUGCACCGGGGCCUCCCACUUAUCUUUCUAUGCAGGUUAGAGCCAGUUUGCACUGUUCUGUGAAGGGAGUAGUACACAGCGUUGUACGAGAUCUUCAGUUUAUUGGCAAUUUCUCGCAUGGAAUAGCCUUCAUUUCUCAGAACAAGAAUAGACUGAUGAGUUUCAGAAGAAAGUUAUUUGUUUCUGGCCAUUUUGAGCCUGUAAUCGAACCCACAAGUGCUGAUGCUCCAGAUACUCAACUAGUCUAAAGAAAGCCAGUUUUAUUGCUUCUUUAAUCAGAACAACAGUUUUCAGCUGUGCUAACAUAAUUGCAAAAGGGUUUUCUAAUGAUCAAUUAUCCUUUUAAAAUGAUAAACUUGGAUUAGCUAACACAACGUGCUAUUGGAACACGGGAGUGAAUGUUGCUGAUAAUGGCCUCUGUACGCCUAUGUAGAUAUUCCAUAAAUAAUCUGCCGUUUCCAGCUACAACAGUCAAUUACAACAUUAACAAUGUCUACUCUGUAUUUCUGAUACAUUUUUUUGUUAUUUUAAUGGACAAAAAAAAAGUGCUUUUCAUUCCAAAACAAGGACAUUUCUAAGUGACCCCAAACUUUUGAACGGUAGUGUGUAUAUAUAUAUAUAUAUAUAUAUAUAUAUAUAUAUAUAUAUAUAUAUAUAUAUAUAUAUAUAUGGUUAUAUACUGUUAUAUUUUUUAUAAGAAUUAAGUCUAAAUAAUGUUUUUAAUAGUUUUGCCAUUGAUAAUGUAAAUACUUAUUAAGCCAGAAUUGUGUGUUUUUAUAAUUUUAAUUAUAGUUAUUUAAAAGCCCGCUUUAGAAUACAAAUUAGGGGUUAAACAAGACGCUUGCAAUAUUUGUAUAUUUGUAUAUACAGCUGCUGGUCAGUAUUUAAAACACAGGAGGUUGGUGGCACCUUUUUGGGGAGGAAGGGCUCGUGGUAAUGACUGGAGCGGAAUCAGUGGAAUGGUAUUAAAUACAUCAAAAACAUAGUUUCCAGGUGUUUGAUGCCAUUCCAUCUGCUCCGUUCUGGACAUUAUUAUGCGCCGUUCUCCCCUCCACUUAUUUAAAGAUAAAUAAACAUGUUAAAAGAGCUGUAUGUGGAGUGUCCCAAACUUAAUGAAAACAUUUUGGGAAGGUGAGGAAGAAAUACACUGCAGGUGAGGGACAGGAAGUGUAAUAUUUUGAUCAUGAUAGCUAUUUUAUUUUAUAUUAUUUAAAGCUGAGUCUCAGCCACAAACCCCUCAUAACCUGUCUGUCAUUGAGAUAUCUUCAGCCACAGGACAGAAGUGCCAAAGUCACACAGAAAAUUGUAAACAGAUUCUACCCAAUAUGCCACAGGUUUUUCCACAGAACCCUAUACCGUACAUCCCAGUAAGGGCUCUACAGUGCUGCCAUUUUGGGACAUAUUUUCCUAAUUAUUUUGCUAUGCUACCUGGAAUGUUAAUUUGGGAGCACCAGUGCCCCUAGAAAAAAAAUCACCCAAAUAAUAAUAGUUAUAAUUCCAUCUUUGCUGUCCCAUAGCCUCAGUAUUAUGCAAACAUGGAGAUGAGCUUCAAACGAAGCUAGGAUUCAUAGGACCAAUGUAGGGCCUCAAUCUCAAAAAUCUGUUUUUCUGGUGCUUCUAAACCCUGCAUUUUGUAAUUGCUGGCAAUUCUCAUCAUUAAAAGGGGCACUCUGCAGUCACUACAUACAUUUUGACUUAUAAAGAAUGAUAUACUGUAAAUCCUUUGAUUAUUGAAGAGUUUAACUUAUAAGAGCCCCAGAGCUUAGUUCCACUGUCGUACCCCAUCAGAAGCCAAAAUAUAGGGCUCUAUUCAAUCUGUAUCGCUAAAGCAUUACAGACUGCUUGAUAGAAAGGUAAAGGUCAUUUCAGAUUGAGCUGACAUAUGCAGCGUUUACCGUGAAAGCCGUCUCCACUGUAAUGCUGAACUUCCGUGAUAUGGAUUGAAUAUAGCCCAUGAUCUUGUUGUUACAAUAUUUGUCAACAAAGUGAAUGUAAACAAACACUGUAUAACCUCCAAACAUGGUUCAAACUAUAAUCAUGGAUGAACAGUCCUUGCAUCUAUAUAUGGCUCUGUCAAGGACUUUGAGUGUGGUUACAUUUCUCCAGGCCCUUAACCUUUUACCGAAACAGUGGCCAGGAAAAUUGCGGAUUGCCGCUUUAAUACCUCUAAUAUUUGUCAUUGUGAUGUGUCACGUAGAGCCCUGCUGUAAUAACAGGUAAUCUCUCUACAUCCUAUUGACUCUAGAGGAACUCAGCCCUGUCCAUUGCAGAUACCCAGUCUAAGGCCAAAGUCUGCCUCGCUCUACCUCACGCCUACCCUACCUACAUAACCUACCAACAUAACCACUACCCCCCCCACACUCACACAUAUGCUGUUAAAUCAUGUUUCUACAUGCUCUAGUUUUUAUAUUUAGCUUACAGUAGGCAUAUCAUGUAAUAUUCAGUGCCUUCAGAAAGUAUUCACACCCCUUUGACUUAUUCCACAUUUUGUUGUUACAGCCUGAAUUCUAAAUGUAUGAAAUGUAUUUGUUUUCUUGUAUUUGUUUUCUCACACAAUACCCCAUAAUGACAAAGUGAAAACAUGUUUUAGAAAUGUUAGCAACGUUAUUGAAAGUGAAGUACAUAAGGAUCUAAUUUGCAUAAUUAUUCACACCGUUGAGUCAAUACAUGUUAGAAUCACCUUUGGCAGCGAUUACAGCUUAUUUUUUAAAUUCUUUAAGCUCUGUCAUGUCUUGCCAUACUGUAAUUAGGUCACUCAGGAACAUUCAAUGUCGUCUUGGUAAGCAUCUCCAGUAUAGAUUUGGCCUUGUGUUUUAAGUUAUUGUCCUGCUGAAAGGUGAAUUCAUCUCCCAAUGUCUGGUGGAAAGCAGACUGAACCAGGUUUUUCUCUAGGAUUUUGCCUGUGCUUAUCUCCAUUCUGUUUCUUUUUUUUAUCCUGAACAACUCCCCAGUCCUUAACAUUUACAAGCAUACCCAUAACAUGAUGCAGCCAUCAAUGCUUGGAAAUAUUGAGAGAGGUACUCAGUAAUGUGUUGUCUAGGAUUUGCCCUAAACAUAACACUUUGUAUUCAGGACAAAAAGUUAAUUGCUUUGCCAUCUUUUUUUCUGGAUUAAUUUAGUGCCUUGUUGCAAACAGGAUGCAUGUUUUGGAAUAAUUUUAUUCUGUACAGGUUUCUGUCUUUUCCCUCUCUCAAUUAGGUUAAUAUUGUGGAGUAACUACAAUGUUGGUGACCCAUCUUCAGUUUUCUCCUAUCACAGCCAUUAAACUCUGUAACUGUUUUAAAGUCA